UGCCAUCAUAGUGCACUGGUUGUGAGAAUGCAUGUGCACAUGCACAUGUGUGAGUGAGUGCAGGUCUGUGUGUGUUUAUGCGUGUGUGUUUGUCAGCAGCAUGGCAUAGCCCAGCCUCGGAAGGAAUGGCAGGACUCUGAGGUGGGGGACGUGCUCAGAGUGAACAAAUCAUGCUAAUUGUUUUGGGAAGACUGUGAAAGUUAGACCCAAGAUGAAGGCACAGAAGGAGGCUUUCUCUUGGGCAUCAGCUGCUUUUGCUGCUCCUCUCCUCUUGAUCCUUGCAGUUCUGAUUCACUCAGCAUGUGUUCAGGGAGUGAACAUCACCAGUCUUGAGACUCUAAUCAGAGGGACGGUGGGUGGAGAAGCUCUGCUCUCCGUCCGAUACUCAAGCACCAGUCUGGAUCCUCCUGUAAUCAAAUGGCAUCUGAAAAGGGACAAACCUGUUACAGUGGUCCAGUCCAUUGGCACGGAGAUCAUUGGUAACCUGCGACCAGAAUACAGAGACCGUAUCCUUGUGUUUGAGAAUGGAACGCUGCUACUCCAUAACCUCAAGCUGUCUGAUGAGGGCACUUAUGAAGUAGGGAUCUCCAUCACCGAUGAUACCUUCACUGGAGAGAGCAGCAUCAAUCUGACGGUGGAUGAGCCAAUCUCUAAACCACAUGUCCACAUGGUCACCUCCACCGUGCUGGAACUGACGCAGAAUUUCACACUAAACUGCACCCAUGAAACAGGCACUAAGACCACCUACGGCUGGGCAAAAGGUGGUCAUCCAUUACUAAACGAGACCCGUCUGCUGCUGUCCCCGGAUCAGAAGGUCCUGACCAUCACACGUGUUCAGAUGGUUGAUGACGACGUCUACAGCUGUAUGGUGGAGAACCCUAUUAGUAGCAUGAGAAGUCUACCAGUCAGACUCACCGUUUACAAAAGGAGCACUCUUUAUAUCAUACUGUCUACAGUGGGCAUCUUCCUCCUCGUCACCCUUGUAACUGUGUGUGCUUGCUGGAAGCCGUCAAAAAAAUCAAAAAGACAGAAGUCCAAAACUGUUAAACCCCGAUCCAUUCCACAAAAUCAUCACAUCAGGUAUCAAGACGUCAAGCCAGAGGAUGAUGCCAUCCCAAUAAUGACUGAUCACGAGCGCAGGAAUCCUGUAUCACUCUACAUCUUAAAAGAGAAGGAUUCUCCUCCCGGCGAACCAGCGUCAACGUGUGAAACAUGCACCUCCAACAGCAGCAGCCCUCCGAGCUACAGCAGCUCAGUACCUCCUCCAUCCGACUUGCUUGAGCUGCCAGCGCGCUCCUCUCGCAGAUACCCUCGCACCCCCACUAAAUCCCCACCGCACCAUCGCCGGAGGAGGGGACACAGUCAGAGCCCACCAGCCCCCUCCUCGCCCCGCAGCCGAGGGUCUGAUCGAGCCUCUCAGCGCCCUGCGUCCUCGUCUCCAGCCAGGAUGCCUGAGGAUCCAUCCACCCCUCCACAGGAUCCCAGAGGCUCCACAAAAACAUAGAUGAUAGCACUUACCACAUCUGCCGAGCCCACAUGCUGCAAAAAGACAGAUACUGCACAAAUACUUUUGCAUUAAUGUAUGUCUAUACCCUUAAUGAGUACUGUGAAUUCAGACAUAUUUCUCUUGUCGCAAAUUCUUUUUCACUUACUAUAUAGUAGGGAAGUGAGCGAUUUGUAUGCAGCCCAAGUUUAAGGUAGGGUAGCAGUUUCUGCUCUACUAGUGUCAUCUAGCAGAACUCGAAAAAUAAAGCAAGUUUUCAGGCAACCUUUGCAAACGCCACUCUCCCCCAAAACAUCACAAACACAGCUCUUACGGGUCUAUAAAAGUGAAGGCAUGUCUCAACAGAUAAAAGUAGGCUACUUUCAACAAAAGAUUCAACAUAUUAGGAAUACUUCUAAGUUAAAAUAUUGAGCUAAAAGUUUUAACUUUCGCUUACCUGUCGUGUCUAGAAUAAACUCAUGAGUUUGUCGUAUCGACUGAAACCCAAACAUUCCAUCAAAUUCCUCCAUAUUCUAAAAACACCAAUGUUUACCCUUUUUUUAAACCUUUUGUCUGUCUCUCUGUAUUUUGGCCUGUCUUUGAAGUCUUCUUUUGGCUUCCACUUCAGUAACGGAAUCUGAAUGUCUUUUCCCCAUGCCUUUUCCACACAGGCUAAACACCCUCUGGCUCAGCUACAAUAGCCAUGCUUCAAGCUCUCGCUAUUGGCUGCGUGGAGGUAUGUGUACACGUGGAGGUAGGACAACCUAUCAUUGCAUUCGGACCAAAUUUUAUGGUCUUGAGCCUUCCAUAGGCCCUGUCCCAAAUCGCACUGAGCCCUCGCAGUCUUCCUCCCACACUUUCAUGACAUAACACUGCUUAGAUUGUUGGUUAGAAGUGUACUGCGGAGCUCGCCUCAGAGUGCAUGCGUGAGGUCAGAAAUAUUAAGAAAUAAAAAUUAAUAACAAAAAAUAAUGAAACAACAAAAACGUUCAAAUGUACAGAAUUUGAAAUCUCUACAACCAGCCAAAUCUCCCAAGCAAUGCCCUAGCAACCACCUAAAUAGGUCUGUAUGUGUUCAAACUGCCCAAGUAUUCAAACAACACAAUUUCAAGGAAAGGCUUUGUCAAGCCAACAGUGAUGUUUUUCUUUCCUUUUCUAGUUUCUCUGUUUCCUUUUUUAUUUUAGUGAAUGUAAAUGACAGUAGAGUUGAUCUGUAAUGAAGAUGUUAAAUAAAAGAUUGAGAAAGACCUGAAUGCAAUCUUUUACAUAUUUGAUUUUGUCCUGUGUUUCUCCUGCUC